AUGUUUUCCGAGUGGAAGAAAGGCGGAAAUCACAAGGAUUUCGCGCACUCCAUCGCCCCGGCAGCUCCACCACCGAGUCAUCUCAUCUAUCCGAAUAAGGACAAGGAAAACAACGCUAAUAAGAGGACUCCAAAUAUCAUAACGCCAAACCGCCAUCAGAAAAGUCCAUUGCUCGUCGUGCGCUCGACCCGGACCACCCUUUUGAGGAAUCAACAGACAAAUACGAGGGAUUUCCGCCGUGACACAAUCCCUUCAUCAAAGCUGGGUCCUCCGCCGCAUCAUCUAUUGCCGCUCAGAUCGGACAGUGAUCUGAGCCGAUCGCCAUCAAGAGAGCCACCAAGUUACCUCAAAGCAAACCACUCCAGUCUAAACAGUAGCUGGUCUUUCGGGUCACUUGACAAAGUUCCAUCAACAGCUUCGACUUAUCCUGUGCAUCACUCUAAACCUUGGAAAGAUCCGAUUAUUACGAGAAAAGAUGGAUCCGAUAUGAACACUCACCAAAUGGAAACCCUUUUGGCACUUGAGAACAAUCUCUUCUUUGCUAAUCGG